UCUCUUUAAUUGCCCUUAAAACACACACGCUCUCACAUAACACAGAAGGUGAGAGCUGAAUGAAGUUUUCUGGGUAAUGGCAUGAAAUGUUUUCCUUAUGAGAAGUGGUGUUGAGUUACAGCGUGCAGACGGAGAACGGGGAGGAGAGAAACAGCAGCCUCAAUCUGGCCCCCACCUUUUCUUGGGCUUGUAGGAAGGUGGACAUGGGCUCCCGGAGACAAGACAAGUAAUACGUUGAACUGUUCGGUGGCUGGAAUCAACUUUUCCUGGAGUAACCUAAGGCCAGUGUUUACCAGAACUUAGCUAGGGCCAGCCAAGCAGGCACAGAUGCUCUGCUAUGAAAUGCCACGCAGGCAGAGACUGACAAGCGGUAGGAGCUGAGCUUUCCCCUUGGACUGCUGCUUCCUGCUGUGUUCAGGGGAGGGGGUCACUUUCUGGCAACUCUGCUGCUGCUGCUGCUGCUACUUCAACUCCCUCUCCACUCAAGGUAAGCAGGCUAAGGGAGGGCAGGCUGCUAGGGAAAGCUUUGUACCAUGAACAGGAUCCGAAAGUUUUUCCGAGGAAGUGGGCGAGUCUUGGCAUUUAUCUUUGUAGCUUCUGUCAUCUGGCUGCUCUUUGACAUGGCAGCUCUCCGCCUCUCAUUCAAUGAGAUCAACACUCGGGUCAUCAAGGAAGACAUUGUGAGGAGGGAGCGGAUAGGAUUCAGAGUUCAGCCAGACCAAGUGAAAAUUUUUUACAGCAGCAUAAAAGAGAUGAAACCUCCCCUAAAGGGACAUGGGAAAGGGGCACGGGGCAAAGAGAACUUUAGAAAAACUGAGGAGAGUGUGCUCAAGGUUGAGGUGGACUUGGACCAAACCCAGAGGGAAAGAAAAAUGCAGAAUGCCCUGGGAAGGGGCAAGGUUGUACCGUUGUGGCAUCCUGCACAUCUGCAGACCCUCCCUGUGCCUCCUCACAAGCAGAAGACAGAAGGGAGAGGCACCAACCCUGAAGCCUCCUCUCACCAGGGGACACCAAAGCAAAUGACAGCUCAGGGGGCUCCAAAAACCUCAUUCAUAGCAGCAAAAGGAACUCCAUUAGUCAAAAUAUCAGCACACAUGGGACGUGUCAGUUUAAAACAGGAGCCCCUGAAGAGUCAUAGUCCCAGCAGUGACACAUCAAAACUAGCAGCUGAAAGGGACUUGAAUGUGACCAUCAGUCUUAGUACUGACAGACCAAAGAAGCGAUCACAGGCAGUAGCAAAAGAGAGGGCACACCCUGCCAGCACAGCAGAGCCGAAGUCUGGGGAAGUCAUGGCCUUAAACAAAACUAAGUCUCAGAGCAAAGAAGUCAAUGCAAAUAAACACAAGGCCAAUAGGAGUCUUCCUUUUCUUAAGUUCAUUGUCAAUUCAAAUCGCUUAAGGAAGCAAUCUAUUAAUGAGACACAUUUGGGAAGUCUGUCAAAGGAUGAUGGAGCUAGAGGGGCUCAUGGGAAGAAACUCAAUUUCUCUGAAAGCCAUGUUGUGAUUAUAACCAAAGAAGAAGAGCAAAAGGCAGACCCCAAGGAGGUCUCCAAUUCUAAAACCAAAACUGUAUUUCCUAAAGUAUUGGGUAAAAGCCAAGGUAAACACAUUUCCAGGAAUAGAAGUGAAAUGUCUUUCUCUUCUCUUGCUCCACAUAGAGUACCACUGUCCCAAACUAACCAUGCUUUAGCUGGAGGGCUAAAGCCGGCAAAAAUCAACAUAACUGCCAAAGCCCCCUUUACAGAAUACAACCAGAGUCAUACAAAAGCCCUUUUACCUGAAGACAGUGGAAUGCACCAGGUGUUAAGAAUUGAUGUGACGCUUUCUCCAAGGGACCCCAAAGCUCCAGGGCAGUUUGGGCGUCCUGUAGUUGUCCCCCAUGGAAAGGAGAAGGAGGCAGAAAGAAGAUGGAAAGAAGGGAACUUCAAUGUCUACCUUAGCGAUUUGAUCCCAGUGGAUAGAGCCAUUGAAGACACCAGACCUGCUGGAUGUACAGAGCAGCUAGUUCACAAUAACCUCCCAACCACCAGUGUCAUCAUGUGCUUUGUGGAUGAAGUGUGGUCCACUCUCCUGAGAUCUGUUCACAGUGUCCUCAAUCGCUCUCCUCCAUACCUCAUCGAGGAGAUUCUGCUGGUAGAUGACUUCAGCACCAAAGACUACCUAAAAGAUAAUUUGGAUAAAUACAUGUCCCAGUUUCCAAAAGUUCGGAUUCUUCAUCUCAAAGAGAGACAUGGCUUAAUAAGGGCCAGGCUGGCAGGAGCACAGAAUGCAACAGGUGAUGUGUUGACAUUUUUAGAUUCUCACGUGGAAUGUAACGUUGGUUGGUUGGAACCUCUUCUGGAAAGAGUGUAUUUAAGUAGAAAGAAAGUGGCCUGUCCAGUAAUCGAAGUCAUCAAUGAUAAGGAUAUGAGUUACAUGACAGUGGACAACUUUCAAAGAGGCAUCUUUGUGUGGCCCAUGAACUUUGGUUGGAGAACAAUUCCUCCAGAUGUCAUUGCAAAAAACAGAAUUAAAGAAACUGAUGCAAUAAAGUGCCCUGUCAUGGCUGGUGGAUUAUUUUCUAUUGACAAAAGUUACUUUUUUGAACUUGGAACAUACGACCCUGGCCUUGAUGUUUGGGGUGGAGAAAAUAUGGAGCUCUCAUUCAAGGUGUGGAUGUGUGGUGGUGAAAUUGAGAUCAUUCCCUGCUCCCGAGUGGGCCAUAUAUUCAGAAAUGACAAUCCGUAUUCUUUCCCCAAAGACCGGAUGAAGACAGUAGAGCGGAACUUGGUGCGGGUUGCUGAGGUCUGGUUGGAUGAGUAUAAGGAGCUGUUCUAUGGCCAUGGAGACCACCUCAUCGACCAAGGGCUAGAUGUUGGCAACCUCACCCAGCAAAGGGAGCUGCGAAAGAAACUGAAGUGCAAAAGUUUCAAAUGGUACUUGGAGAACGUCUUUCCUGACUUAAAGGCUCCCAUUGUGAGAGCCAGUGGUGUGCUUAUUAAUGUGGCUUUGGGUAAAUGCAUUUCCAUUGAAAACACUACAGUCAUUCUGGAAGAUUGCGAUGGGAGCAAAGAGCUUCAACAAUUUAAUUACACCUGGUUAAGACUUAUUAAAUGUGGAGAAUGGUGUAUAGCCCCCACCCCUGAUAAAGGAGGCAUAGGCCUGCACCCUUGUGAUAACAGAAACAAAGAGCUAAAAUGGCUGCAUAAAUCAACAUCAGUCUUUCAUCCAGAACUGGUGAAUCACAUUGUUUUUGAAAACAAUCAGCAAUUAUUAUGCUUGGAAGGAAAUUUUUCUCAAAAGAUCCUGAAAGUAGCUGUCUGUGACCCAGUGAAGCCAUAUCAAAAGUGGAAAUUUGAAAAAUAUUAUGAAGCCUGAAAUGGAACUGAUGUUUUUAUAUAGUAAAUGCAUUAAAUACUGUGAAAAUAACACUGAACUUGUUAACUGUAUUUCUCAGCGGUAGUUUAAAUUUUCAAUUUUAAUAGAAUUUGAAUGGAAGAUUUUUUAUAAAUCACAAUAUUUGGAAUACCAAAAGAUAACUCAGGAAAACAGUCCAACAUUGGACUGAAGUCCUUCUUCAGAACUGGGUGGCCUUUUGAAUUGCCUGCUUUCCACCCUGUGCUAGAACUCAUCCUGCAAAUUUCCCUAUGAAGCUAACAAGUAACCGGAAAUGAAGACAGAAGGACUUGAGAAAGCAUGAGGGUAUUCCCAAUGACUGUGUUUGAUAAUAAUCAGCUCUUCUGGCCCACAAGUAGGAAUGAUCAACGAGAACUUAACUUAGUCCUUUAUUUGGAGAUUUUUUCAUCAAACAAAAAUUUCUUGAGUUCUUAUGGCUAGAAUACCUCGGAUGCCCACAGCUAUCACGUUUGUGAAAUCCCUCCAGACUACAUGCAUACUUACCUAACAGUUUGAAAUGGGAUUGAUCUACUGCCGGUAACCCUGCUUGAUGGCAGCAUUUUGAUCUAAAUUACAUAAUGGUUUUUCCCAAUCUGAAUCAGUGGAAAAAAAUUUAAGUGAGGAAGAAGAGGGCUUCAAAUGCUUAUUUAAUUCUAGGUAUGAACACUGUUUCAGCUCAUUUUGUGCUUUUAAAACUACAAUUUUAAAGAUUUGCAAUACCAAUAACUUCCUAGAUUCAUGUGGAUUUUUUUAAAGGCAAUGAAAAAAGGCUGGAUUAUAACACACUGUAGUAACCAAAAAUGCAUUUAAGCAUUGAAUGCACUCUAGUGCAGGGCCAAAUAAGAGGAGUUGAAAUGAGUAAAGCAGAAAUAGAACUGCUGAAAGUUUCUUUUAUAUAAAAAUAAUAAAAUACGACUUUAGAUAUAGUAGCAGUCACAGGAAUGAAAUAUGCUAAAAAUGGGCUCUAAAAUAUUUCAGAGUGAAAGUAAAGUGAAGGAAACACCAUGAAACGGGAAAGGAGUGAGGUAAACAAGUCUUAGGAAGAGAGUUAAGAAAAAAUUCCCCUGGACUUAACCAGAGAAGGAAGGGGAUCUGGUAUCUCUAUGAAGGAAAAAAGAGUAAAGCCCUCAGUGUGAACCCAGUGAAAACACUGAAAAUUUGGGAAAAGUUAAAUACUGAUUUCAUCCAAAUAAAGCCUCUAAUCUUAAGUAUACCAAUACAUUGACAUACCAGAAGAGGCCUUAGAAAUCAGGAUCGCCUUUGCAUUUAUUUCAUUAAGAAAACUGAUGCUGAGAGGACAAAUUACCUAAAAAUCUUAAAACCCAGGCAAGUCAGUCAAAGAAUCAAGAUUAGAAUUCAGGUUUCCAGAGACAGGGCUCAUUCUGCUGCCUCAGGUCACUGGCUGGCCUGAACAAAUCUGCUUCACAGAAUUCCUUAGAAAGAGGUACACAAAUUUCUUUGCUGGGAUUGGGUCCCUGGAGGACAACCAUACUAUAUUCUUGUUAAUAUUUUUUUUUUAAGUUAAACCUUGGUUCAGUUGAGAUGAAGGUGAAACUAGAUAUAUUUCAUUCUGACUUCUAGUUUAACAUUUAAUUUCAACUUCUAGUGAGUUAACGUAAAAGCAAAACUAUAAGAAUGGGAAAAAGAACUAUUUCUGCACAUUUGUAACAUAUUUAAGAUGUUUUCUUCAAAUAAUUGAAAAUUGUAGAUGAGUAAGAGAAUGACUAGAAAAUGAGAUACAGUUAUAUGACACAUAAUGAUGUUUUAGUCAACAAUGAACCACAUAUUUGACAUUGGUCCCAAAAGAUUAUAUUAAUAGUAUGGUAUCUUUACUCUACUUUUUCUAUGUUUAGAUAUGUUUAGAUACACAAAUACUCACCAUGAUGUUAAGAUAGCCUACAGUAUUCAAUACAGUAACAUGUACAAGUUUGUAGCCUAGAAGCAACAGGGAUUCCAUAUAGCCUAGGUGUGUAGCUGGCUACCUACACCAUCUAGGUUUGUGUAAGUACACUCUGAUGUUCACACAAUGAUGAAAUUGCCUAAUGACACAUUUCUCAGAAUGUAUUUGUGUCAUUAAAUGAUGCAUGACUGUAAUUCUUUUCAAAACAGAGCCAUAUGGGGCAAGGGGGGUCGGGGGACACAAGUCAGUUGCCAAAAGACUAAUUGAGUUAGUGACACACUGAAUAUGCUAGGUGCUUCACGUAAUUCUUCUUGUAACUAAAAAAUGUUCAGAGGUUUUUUCCCCCCGGGUAUAUAGGCUCUCUUUUUAUCCAAAAAUACUUUCCACAAAGAAGUCAACUCUGUUCUGAAAAAAAAAAUGAAUUGUGUUUUGAAUACACUCAUCUUUGGGUAUAUCAGCUAAAGGAAGUUGGAUUUUUUUCCUUAACAGAACCUUCUGCAGUCCUCUCAGUUCACAUCCUUUCUGACUUUACCUUGACCAACUUAUUAUAUAAAGCUAUAUUUAAAUCUCUAUUGUCAAUAUGACAAAGGAUUGUUUUCAAACAUCACAAAUUUGUUCUUGGAUAGAAUUUUAUACAUUGCUUUUGUCAUAUAUUUGCUGUUACUCUAAGAAGCAAGGAACUGAUCACUAGUUGGGAAUUUAUAUGGGCCUAAACUUGAGUGUAUUGAUUUAUUAUGAAAUCCACUACCAACAUUUUCUCAAGCAGAACCUUCUAAAUUUUUUUCAGGAGACUGGAAUAAAGGUAUAAAUGCUA